AGUCAAAACAAAAACAGCUAUUUUUUAUCGUGCGUGCGUACGGUUUGUUGGAUUUUUAACGUCGUUAUUAAUGAAAUUCAACACUGAAAACGGAGAAAAAAGUGGAAUUUUGUAUCAUUGAUCCCAGCCAGGAUGGAUUCUGACGGAGGUGAUGUGGAUAUUGCUGCAUUUUGCAGAAUCUGUAUGAAAGAUCAAAGCGGCAACGAUGUGGUGUCAAUUUUUCCCUCCCAGGAGCAGGAUUCCCUCGCCGCUAUUAUAACGGAUUGUACAUCGCUCCAGAUCAUCAAAGGGGACGGCCUUCCCGGGAUCGUAUGUUCAUCGUGCCUGACCGAGCUCCAUGAGGUGGUCAACUUCAUCGAGAAGGCGAGACAGUCGGAUCGAUGGUUUCGAAAGUUGCUCAACAUCCCCGAACUGGAGGGAUUCAAAGAGCACGACAAGUUUACCGAAUUUGAGGUCGAAAUGAUAAAGGUCGAGGAGCGCCCUACGACUAAGGAUGAAGAAGACGGGUUCAUAUUAUCCGACGAUGAAAGUGAACUGUUGACGCCUUUUGAGCAAAACGAUAGCUCCGAUGAAUACUUCGAAAAAGAUAAUGCAAAUGAAAGCGACAAUAAUUUUAGCUCAAGCAGUGAAGAAAAGCCGAAAAGAAAAGUUGGACGGCCGCGAAAAUUGACGGGUUCGAAGAACCAAAAGACAACACCUAAACUUGGAAAUCGAAUCCAUCGCAAGCGCAAGCAUGAAGUUGAAGAAAAGCAGGACGUAUUAGAUGAGCUGGAACAGGAAACCUUUGAGUUGGUAGAAGUGAGAGGAAAAUAUUUGUGCUGUAACUGUUAUAAGAUUUUUGAUACCGAAGAGCAACGUGCUGAACAUGCAAAGGCAACUCAUAAAAGCGGAAAACAGCCUUUGGUUCGACAAUACAUGUGCAACAUUUGCAACAAAAAGUAUGCCCUUCCAGCAUCAUUAAAAACUCACAGAGCAUCAGCCAAGGCAACUAAACACGUUUAUAAAUGCCUCAAAUGCGAGGCUUGUUUUGUAGAUAUAACAAAACGAAGAGAACACGCCCACAAUCAUCCAGAAGUGAUUGAAACUACAUUCGAUGAAAAUUACAUUCCAGAGCUUUUAGCAGAAAACGUGGAAAAAGUGUGCUGUGCACAGAUGUGUGGUCAAAAAUUUUCAACUAUGAAUGAACUUCUGGAACAUGCCAGCCAAGCUCAUAAAGCUAACAAAAUCCAAUCGGAGCUCAGUAGCUCGGACGGUCGUAAUGUGCAGUGUCCGGUUUGCUACAAACGUUUCCAUGAAGUGAAAGGUUUAAGAAACCAUCAGCAACGAGUUUAUCAGACCAAAAGCCAUCAGUGCUCGAUAUGCGGACAAAACUUUUCAAAGCAACUGGAAUUGCAGCGCCACGAGCGAGAACAUCUAAAUGAACGGAACUUCGAGUGCGGUCAAUGUCCAAAAACGUUCUACACAGCCAUGGAUUUAAAGCACCACAUAAGGCGCCACACUGCUGAGCGUAAUUUUGUUUGCACAAUCUGUGGCCGCGCCUAUAAACAGAAAACCAAUCUCACAACUCAUAUGCUGGUCCACGAGGGAAGGCUACCGUUCGAAUGUGAAGUUUGUCAUAAAGGAUUCCGGGACAAAUCGAAAAUGGUAUACCACAUGAGGGUGCACUCUGGCGAGAGACCAUUCCAGUGCAGGUACUGUGACACAGCAUUUGCUGAUAGCACCAACAGAACUCGACAUGAAAUGUCACAUACAGGAAUUAAGCCGUAUAGUUGUGACUACUGUCAUAAAAGUUUUAUCACUAAGCGGUUGAAAAAAGAACACGAAAGCUGUCACACAGGUAAGAAACCGUACGAAUGCGAAUUGUGCCCCAUGUCCUUCAGCAAAUCAAUACAGCUGCAGGACCAUUUCAAUCGGGACCACGUAGAAGUACUCGAAGAAAUGGAUGACCAGGACCCGGAGGAAAUACUCGUCGAGAUAAUAUAGUUUCUUAAAAGUUUUUCUAUGAUUUUGAGAGUUUCUGACUUCAUGUAAGUAUUUAGUUUUUUUUGUUCUAAUGAUUAUGCUUUUAUCAGAUUUGAACAUCCUAAUGAAAGUU